AUGGGAGAUACGUGCCCGAAACUCUUUGCCGCUAUAGUUGCGGACAGAGUCAAGACCUGGGCAGUCGCCAACAGAAGAUACAGCACAUCACAAAAGGGAUUUCUUCCGUACGAGGGAUGCUAUGAACACAACUUUGUUCUUCAGGAGACCAUCCAACAAGCCGUGCGCGAUAAAGGAGAGGUGGUUGUCGCCUGGCUGGACUUAGCUAUCCAUAGGGCUCUUGAACAUGACGGAAUGCCAGUAAAAGUAAGAAAACUAAUCGAUUCGCUCUACAAAAACACGAUUACUAAAGUUCGUACCUCGGAGGGAUUCACUGAUCCAAUCAAGCUACAGUCCGGAGUAAAACAGGGUUGCCCGCUUAGUCCGCAUAUAUUUAAUCUCACCCUGGAGGUGGUUAUCCGCGCCAUGGAAUCGACAGGUGAGGUUAUUAAAAUAAGAAAUAAGCGUGUUACAACUCUGGCCUAUGCCGAUGACAUCGCAAUCCUUGCGGACUCCCCGGAAGGAAUGAGACGUCUCCUCAAUGCAGCUGAGGAGGGCGCUCGGUCGGUUGGUCUCGUCUUUAAUCCCGCCAAAUGCGCGACACUGCAUAUGAAGUGUGAUUGUGAGAGCGCAGUACAAGACACAGUUUUCAACAUCCAGGGAGAUGCUAUGAAAUCAAUGGGCCCGAACGAUUGCAAUGAACAUCUCGGAAUACCAACGGGCUUUGACAUAAGACAGACUCCAACGAGCGCAUUGAAAAGACUAAUCGCGGAUGUCAAGAAAAUUGACCAAUCUCUCCUGGCACCAUGGCAGAAAUUGGACGCGGUCGGCACCUUUGUCCUGCCUCGUUUGUAUUUCAUCACGCAAGGGGCUGACGUUGAAAAGGAGUACAUGAGGGAAAUAGAUAGGAACGUUAAAAAUUUUGCCAAAAGAUGGUUAAUUCUUCCUCAGAGAGCCAGCUCAGAAUUAGUUUUUCUGCCACCUUCUAUGGGAGGUGGAGGUUUAAUGCCAUUAAGCGACCUGCUCGACUUAUACACCGUAACGCAUGCUUUUAAAAUGUUAUGUGCUACGGAUGAUCUAGUGAGUGUACUAGCGAGGGAGGGAUUGUUGGAAACUGUGUCGGAGAGACUUCGAAAAGUGCCUAGUAACAUCGAUAUGGCUCGUUAUCUCUCUGGUGAUUUGGACCUGCCCCGAUCCUCGUCGCGUUCAUCGUUUUGGACCAAAGCGCGAAGUGCGGCACGAAGAAUUCAAAAUAAAUUUAGUAUCAAAUGGAUAUGGCACCAUGAGGAAGAGGAAUUUCUAAUUCAGUGCGGGAUCAUGCGCUGCAGGAAGGAUUACGCCGUCAUUAAGACACCAUUUAUUUAA